UCAUGUCUAUGCUUCAAACAAAUACAUAACCUUUAUUGUAAGAUUUAAGGUUACCUUGGCGUUUAUAUUAAUUACUGUCGUCGAAAAGUUGAAACAUAUAUUUUAAUACGAGGUACAUAUAUAUCGUCUACAAUUACGAAAAUGGAUAUUCGUCCUAAUAAUACCAUUUAUAUCAAUAAUUUAAAUGAAAAAAUAAAAAAAGAAGAAUUGAAAAAGUCAUUAUAUGCCAUCUUUUCUCAAUUUGGCUCAAUUUUGGAUAUCGUGGCUUUAAAAACACUUAAAAUGCGUGGACAAGCUUUUGUCAUCUUCAAGGAAAUAGCAAGUGCGACAAAUGCUUUAAGAUCUAUGCAAGGAUUUCCAUUUUAUGACAAACCAAUGAGGAUACAAUAUGCUAAAACUGACAGCGAUGUAAUAGCCAAAAUAAAAGGUACCUUCGCAGAACGUCCAAAGAAACCAAAACGAGUUGUUCCAGCAGCAGAUGAGGAAGCCAAACGUGCCAAGAAGCGUGCAAAGGAGCAAGCCAAGCAUUCGCAACAAGUUGGAUAUCAUGCCACUGUACCUCAGCAUCCGGGACUCGUCAAUACGGCCGUUCCUGAACAACCACCAAAUCAAAUAUUAUUCUUAACAAAUCUACCGGAUGAGACAAGUGAAAUGAUGUUGUCGAUGUUGUUCAAUCAAUUCCCAGGCUUUAAAGAAGUGCGAUUGGUACCCAAUCGACAUGAUAGCUUUGUGGAAUUUGAAAAUGAAGUUCAAUCUGGGGCAGCAAAAGAUGCUCUUCAAGGCUUUAAGAUCACACCUUCGCAUGCAAUGAAAAUAUCAUUUGCAAAAAAAUAAAUACUGUCUUUUUCUACUGUUUAUGUGUGAUAGAAUAUUGAUAUAAUUUAAAUAAAAUAUAUCAAAUACAAUUUUGUACUUGUACAAAGUGAGUGGAGAUAUUGAUAUACUGGC